AAAACGGAAGUGACGUUGCUUCUUUACGGUCGCUUUCGGUUCGUACUUUCCAGAAAAGAUGGCAGCUGUUGAUAUCGACGUGCCGGUAGACACAGAGCCCAUGAUCCACAUUCAGGACGACAUGGAACGGCAGGCCGAAGGCUUCAAAGAGCAGGGUAACGCUUACUACAGCAAGAAAGAUUACUCUGAAGCGUUCAACUAUUACACCAAGGCCAUUGAUGUAUGCCCCAAAAAUGCCAGUUACUAUGGCAACAGGGCGGCCACCCUCAUGAUGCUGUGCCGCUUUAGAGAAGCCUUAGAAGACUCCCAGCAGGCUGUGCGUCUGGAUGACUGCUUCAUGAAGGGGCAUCUACGUGAGGGUAAGUGCCACCUGUCUUUGGGAAACGGCAUGGCGGCCAGCCGCUGCUUCUUGAAGGUUCUGGAGCUCGAUCCCAGCAACAGAGAGGCCCAGCAGGAGAAAAAGAAUGCAGCGGCGCUGCUGGAGUACGAGCAAAUGGCUGACUUCGCCUUCGAAAAACAGGAUUUUAGAAAGGUGGUGUACUGCAUGGACCGGGCCUUGGCUUCAGCUUCUGCAUGCCACCGCUUCAAGAUCCUGAAGGCAGAGUGUCUCGCUCUGCUGGGACGAUAUCCAGAGGCUCAGUCUGUUGCAAGUGAUAUCCUGCGGAUGGACUCUACUAACGCAGAUGCUUUGUAUGUACGAGGCCUGUGUCUCUACUAUGAAGACUGCAUCGAUAAAGCAGUGCAGUUCUUCGUCCAGGCUCUGCGAAUGGCUCCAGACCAUGAAAAGGCCCGGCUAGCCUGCAGGAAUGCUAAAGCGUUAAAAGCUAAGAAAGAAGAGGGCAACAAGGCAUUUAAAAACAACAACUUUGAAGCUGCCUACCUGCUGUACACAGACGCUCUAAUGAUCGACCCCAACAACAUUAAGACCAAUGCCAAACUCUACUGCAACAGAGCCACGGCAGGAGCCAAGCUGAAGAAAGUAAAUAAAGCCAUUGAAGACUGCAGCAAUGCGAUCAAACUAGAUGACACUUACAUCAAGGCCUACUUAAGAAGAGCUCAGUGCUACAUGGACACAGAGCAGUAUGAGGAGGCUGUACGAGACUACGAAAAGGUUUAUCAGACAGAGAAAACUUCAGAUCACAAACAUCUUCUGAAGAAAGCACAGCUGGAGCUGAAGAAGAGCAAGAGGAAAGAUUACUACAAGGUGCUGGGCGUUGGUAAGAACGCCACAGAGGACGAGAUCAAGAAGGCGUACCGCAAACGGGCCCUCAUGCAUCACCCAGACCGCCACAGUGCAGCAACUCCAGAGGUGCAAAAGGAGGAGGAAAAGAAGUUCAAGGAGGUGGGUGAAGCCUUCACCAUCCUCUCCGAUCCCAAGAAGAAGAUACGCUACGACAAUGGACACGAUCUGGAGGAUGAUGGUGGCUUCGAUGGUGGAGAUUUUGAUGCAAAUAACAUCUUCAGGACUUUCUUCAGUGGUCAUAAUGGAGGAUUCAGCUUUGAUUCCAGUUCAGAUUCAGGACCUUUCUUCUUCCAGUUUGGUUAAAGCGAAAAAGCCCGAGGGGAGAGUGCAUCUUUACACUGACACAAAAGUGGACCCUGUCACCUUGUGAUGCCCGUGUUCCUGAGUGUGUUGCGAUAUCUGCCCACCAUUCUCUUUACUAGUUUAAUACUUUGACUUUUCAAUUCACUCCCCAUGUUGAUGCUAAUAGGCACUCGGAAGCAUAAUUCAUAGAUGUCAGUUAUUGAACAUAAGCACUUAAAGGUCUUUUCAAAGGUGUUUUUGUUUGAUGAUCUCAGCAUGUUUUAGUUACCCAAGCUGACAUUGUGUUAAAGUUUAUCUGAAUAUUAGAAUUGAUUCAGGCUUAAGGUAAGAAGAACGCUGGCCAGUCAUGAAUGUGAGCUCAUGAUUUUUAUAAGAAGAAGAAGCAAGAUAUCUGAAAGAUUCACCUGAGACGUGCUGCUCCAGGAGAAUCCUGUAGAAUCUCAGGACACGGUCUGGAAGCCAACGCUGUUCUCCGGUCAGUUAAAUUCAGGUUUUAAUCGGCUUAUUUGCCAAAACUUUCAAGUUCUGUUUUCAUUGCUUUUCCGUACAGCGUUGUAUAUUUGACUUGGAAUGUGGAGAAUUAUGCCUCUUAAGUCUUUCUUCAAGUCUAUUUAUAUUUAUUGUCUUGUACGUCCUCAUGUCCUCUAUACAGCAGGACGCUAGGGGGCCAUGUCUUCCUCCCUUUUCAACAAACUAAAUUGUAUUUAUUUGUUAUCCAUCCUGUCACAUAAGGAUUUUUUCUCAACCUUGGCCAAAAUAAUUGACUCGUUCCUUUUAUACAAGUAAAAGAUAAUGGCCAACCCUGACAUCCACUCAGGACCAUCCACACAUCUGUCCCGGUUAUAUUCUAGCGGUGCCUUACAGGGAUAAGGAAGAGGUCAGUUAGAUGUUGCAAAUAUGUUCCUGUUUGAGGUCUUCCAUAGAAAACCUUUUGGGUUUUUGGUCAACCUGGAAGUAAACAUGAAUUUCGCAAUUGAAAGCUUCAUCUUGUUGAAAAUGAAAGGCUUUCAUGCUGUCAGCCUCCUGCUGUGUACUUGUUUUGCAUGUUUGAUCAGUGCAGCCCUCACGACUCGUUCCACCAGUUUGAAGGAGAAGCAGUAGAACCGGUAAAGCUCCUAUUGUAAAUUGUUUUUCCAUUUGAAAUAUGCAUCAUUUAACAAAAGUUCUCCUUUUUUAUUAUGGAAAUAAAACUCUUCUUUUACUGUAA